AUGUAUUCACUUUAUGAAAAUAUAUUUCAAUCAAAAAACAAUACAUUAACAAUUUUUCCUCUCUAUUCAUUGAGAAAUGUAUCUUCGGAUAAGCCACUUCAAGCUGGUAUGAUUUAUCAACUAUCAGAUACUAAAUUAGUACCUGUACCACUCUUAUUUGAAUGUCCAAAUCCAACAACAAACAUUGUACACUUCUAUGAGCCGCUCGAAUGUGAAUUUACAAUUCUUGAUCGUUCUAUCACAUCAUCCUAUUCUCGAAAGAUAAAAUCAACCAUAUCCGAGUCGACUCGUACAACAAUAAUGACAUUAAAUUUUCAAACACCUUUCGGUUCAUUAUCCGGUGCCUAUUUUAAACAAUCAGACAUCAUUAUUCGUCAUUGUUUAAUGAAACCUGUUAAUUCAACAGCAGACAAUUUAAUUACUACCAAUACAUUUGAUAUGAAAUUGAAUUUUGAACAAAAAAUCGAUUCACCAUGCAUCACAAAUCAUUGUACACAUUCAAAAAUUUAUCGUUGUAAUAGAAAUAAUUCAAAAUGUGAAUGUCAAACAAAUGUUGAACAAUUUCAACAUUUAUGUGUGGAAAUGGAAAUCAAAACAAAUUGUACAUUGACACCUGAAAGAUGUUUGAAAAUAUGCCGAAAUAAAUAUUCAAGUGAUCCUGAUUGUGUAUGUCCAGAUGGUACGAUGAAAACAAUUCGUUAUAUCAAUAAUAGUUUGUUAAUAAUUUAUCGGUGUGAACUUCUAAUAUUGUCGGAUUGUGAUGAAUACAAUCGUCCUUGUCCACCUGAGUAUAUUUGUCAAAAACGACAAUGUAUUAAUCAAAAUAGUAGUAUACUGUUUUUUAAUGAACUACAACAACGAUCUGAUCCGGCGUUACCUUUACCGUUAUUAUUAAUAGCAUUAUUAAUCGGUGCAACUCUAAUUAUUAUUUUUCUCAUAAUUGGCCUAUUGAAAAUGCGUUCGAUGAAAUCAAUCAAAUUUGUUCAAUCAACAACAGCAUAUUUACCAUCUAUUCAACAUUUAUCAUCAUCACCGACACUAACAACAACAAGAAAUUCUGAUUCAACAACAUCGAGAAACUCAUCAUCAUCGCCUUGUUCGACGAUUUCAUCAAGUUCGAAAUCAUUACAAUCAGAAAAAUAUACGAAAGUUCAAAUAACUGAAGAUUAA